UUUGAUAGGAUUCGUUGUGUUUUUUCAGUAUUCGUUUUUAGAUAAUCAUGAAUUUGGGUUUUUAAAUUUUGGCUGCAAAAAAUGCUAAAAAUCAAUAUUAAAUUGAAAUAGUGUGUAAUUAAAAGAAAAAUUUUCUGAUUGCUGUAAUAGUCGAGUGUAAAAGGCGUAGAUAACAGCUCAAAGCUUUUAAAUAAUAAAUUGAUACGCAAACAAAAUCACGUUCAUACAAACCUAUCUAGCUGGUGGAGUGAAACGCAAAUUGGUAUCGCUUUGGUGCGAGGACGGUGACCAAAAUCAUAACAAAGUCAAGUGUUUUGUAAUUGUAGCGUGAUUUGCACUUUAAUAUUAAAACAUGUCGACUUUGGAGGCUGGUGACGCCCCAGCGCUGGGGUUGAUUGGCAAGUUAGCGCAUACAUUUGGUGCCACGGAAGCUGCGUUGCGUUUACUGUUAUCAAUUUUUACAGGCUAUGGAAUUGCUUACGUAUACCGGAAGGUGCUCAUUCACCAACCCAACAAACUGUUGCAUCACUUAUAUUUUUUGGUGUGGGGCUUGCUGCUGUGCCUGUUUAAUUUCGGACGCGAUACCUCUCAUUCUCUAAUUGCUAUAGCCACCACGUAUGUGCUGGCACGGUUUCUCCGUUCAUCACCGCGCGAGCUUAUUAUUAUCAAUUUCGUCUUUCACAUGUCUUAUCUGCUCGUGGGCUAUUACUUCACCGAAAGCAAUGAAUAUGAUAUUCUUUGGACAAUGCCACAUUGCGUGUUGGUAUUACGUUUGAUCGGCUUCAGUUUUGACAUUACUGAUGGGCUGAAAAAGCGUGAACAGCUUUCGAAAGAGCAGCAGGAAAAUGCUAUUGCCUCAAUGCCCUCGGUGCUUGAGCUAUUUGCGUUCGCUUAUUUUCCUUGUGCGUUUCUAAUUGGUCCACAAUUUGCAUAUCGCCGUUAUCAGCGUUUCAUUGAGGGCGAAUUUAUGCAAUUUGAAGGUGGCAACGAGGCCGGCCUCAAGCGAAUGUCAGUUGGACUUGCGUACUUAAUUGUUAGGCAGGUGGGUGCGUCAUAUUUCCCCGAUUCCUACUUUAUUUCGGAUGAGUAUGCGAAAGUGCCAUUCUUUUGGCGUUUAGUCUAUUUGGGUGUGUGGGCAAAAUUGUCAUUGUGCAAGUAUGUGGCUUGCUGGCUGCUGACAGAGGGUGCGCUCAUGAUUUUGGGCAUCUCUUAUAAGGGCAAGAAGGAGAAUGGCGAAAACGAUUGGUCCGGCUGCUCGAACGUAAACCUCUUCAUAUUAGAAACUGGCUAUUCUAUGCAGCAUUAUGUGCACUCAUUUAACGUGAACACAAAUCAAUGGGUUGGACAAUAUGUUUAUAAGCGUUUGAAGUUUCUAAACAAUCGCACGAUCAGCUAUGCUGCUGCUUUGGGUUUCUUGGCCGUAUGGCACGGUUUCCACAGCGGCUAUUACAUGGCAUUCCUCAAUGAGUACAUGACUGUGACAGUGGAGAAGCAAUUUGCCAGCGUUUGGGCUAAGAGCAAAAUCGAUGUGUAUGCUGACAUCUUUAGUCCGCCAUUUGUCUAUCCCGCUCUGAAAUACUGUGUCCAAAAAUUGUACGAUCUCUUCUAUAUCGGCUGGUGUAUGACACCAUUUAUUCUGCUCAGUUAUCCGCGUUGGAUCAAGGCAUAUGGAUCAGUCAAUUAUUUUGUUUUCGUGGCUGUUAUAGGUUGGACGAUUUUCUAUCAAGCAUUUAAAUAUUUUGAGCGAACAGCUAAGAGACGUGAGCAGGAUAAUACUUUUGGCCGUGCAACAACACUCUCGCCCACAGUGGCGGAGACAAAUGAUGCCAAGAGAGAUUAGUAAAUGUACUUAUGAAUAGGUGAGGCAUUGAAAUUGUGCUGUAAUUGUUACUGCAAGCAUAUUAUUUACAGGGAUAUCACAGAAUCCAUCGCAGUCCGAUUUUUCGUGAAAUCUACGAAAAUGCCAUCAUGCCGUAGCAAUUCGGAUCCGGUGAUCGCAUAUCGUAGAUUUUACGAAAAAUCUAACUACGAUGGAUUCUGUGAUAGCCCACAUAAAUUCUGCAAAGAAAAAAGGCUGUUGACAAAAGUGAAAUUCGAAAAAGUGAGACACGCAUAUUUUUAUAAGCUUCUAAAUAUUAUAGUGUGCUCAAUAUUAAUUUUGUUUUUUAUAUAAGCGCAUUGGCUGCCUACCUUGGUUCUGUUAACUUAAGUAUUAAAAAAUCAGCUGGUUUAAUUUCCAGUAAGU